GCCCACCCGCCGCCGCCGCCGCCGCUGCCGCCGCCAUGUUGUGUCCUCAACACAAACGGGAGCAGAAGGAGCGAUUUAAAUGCGAGUUCCCAGCGCAGGCCUGAGCUCCGAUGCGGGCUGGAGGUUCCGGGGCCUCGGCAAAAUCAUCAUUAUUAUAAUAAUCGGAGAACGGCUUCCUCCCAUCCGCGAGAAAGUAGCGGUCGAUCCAAGGAAAUUUUCCUCAAAACCAUUUCUUUGCUACCUUUGAAGUUCUCGCCGCAGCUGAUAUACUGUGCCUUGUGCCUUUUAGUACACACGAACAUAUAUAUUGCAAGAAAGAUCAAUCAGUCCAUUGGAAGGAACAAUUGUGCAUCUGACGAAACUGAUUAAUCGUUCAGCAUCAUGUCUAUCACCAACACCCCGACUAGUAAUGAUGCAUGCCUGAGCAUUGUACACAGUUUGAUGUGUCAUCGACAAGGUGGAGAAAGUGAAACAUUUGCUAAAAGAGCCAUUGAGAGCUUGGUCAAAAAGUUGAAAGAGAAAAAAGAUGAGCUUGAUUCAUUAAUCACAGCUAUAACAACCAAUGGAGCUCACCCCAGCAAAUGUGUGACAAUACAGAGGACGUUAGAUGGAAGACUCCAGGUUGCUGGACGUAAAGGUUUUCCACAUGUGAUUUACGCUAGGCUCUGGAGAUGGCCUGAUCUUCACAAAAAUGAACUCAAACAUGUAAAAUAUUGUCAGUAUGCAUUUGACCUGAAAUGUGACAGCGUCUGCGUGAACCCUUAUCACUAUGAGCGUGUGGUUUCUCCUGGCAUUGAUCUCUCAGGAUUGACGCUCCAAAGUUCAGGUCAAACAAGCCUAUUAGUUAAAGAUGAAUUUGUAAAUGAUUAUGUGCAAGUUGAAGGGCCACCAUCUCUGUUGAGCACUGAAGGACAUUCUUUGCAAACUAUUCAGCAUCCACCCAGCACCAGGCAACCAACUGAAACAUAUAGUGGACCAGCCAUGUUAACACCAGCAGAGCCGAGUACUCCGAACACCACCAAUUUCCCCAGCAUUCCUGUUGCUACCACAAGUCAGCCAAGUAACAUGUUGCCAGUGAACCACAAUGACGGACUAAUACAAAUUGCCGCAGGGCCUCAGCAAACAACACAGCAGAAUGGCUUUCCAGCACAACCAGCAACUUACCAUCACAAUAGCACUGCAACUUGGACAGGAAACAGAACAGCAACCUUUACCCCUAACAUGCCUCAUCACCAGAAUGGACAUCUUCAGCACCAUACCCCUAUACACCAUACUGGCCAUUACUGGGCAGUACAUAAUGAACUUGCCUACCAGCCACCCAUAUCCAAUCAUCCAGUUCCUGAAUACUGGUGCUCUAUUGCCUACUUUGAAAUGGACGUGCAGGUAGGAGAAACAUUCAAGGUCCCAAGUAGCUGUCCUGUGGUCACUGUGGAUGGAUAUGUGGAUCCUUCUGGGGGUGAUCGCUUCUGCCUGGGCCAGCUCUCCAAUGUUCACAGAACCGAAGCCAUUGAAAGAGCCAGGUUACACAUUGGAAAAGGCGUGCAAUUAGAAUGCAAAGGGGAAGGAGACGUUUGGGUACGAUGUUUGAGUGAUCAUGCAGUUUUUGUGCAGAGUUACUAUUUGGAUCGAGAAGCUGGGCGUGCACCUGGAGAUGCUGUUCAUAAGAUUUACCCAAGUGCAUACAUUAAGGUGUUUGAUUUGCGACAGUGUCACCGUCAGAUGCAACAACAGGCUGCUACUGCUCAGGCUGCAGCAGCUGCCCAAGCAGCAGCUGUUGCUGGAAACAUUCCUGGACCAGGUUCAGUGGGAGGAAUUGCCCCAGCUAUUAGUUUAUCUGCUGCAGCUGGAAUUGGCGUGGAUGAUCUGCGCCGUCUGUGCAUUCUCAGGAUGAGCUUUGUUAAAGGCUGGGGACCCGAUUACCCAAGACAAAGCAUUAAGGAAACGCCUUGCUGGAUUGAAAUCCACCUACACCGUGCCCUUCAGCUGCUGGAUGAAGUGCUUCACACCAUGCCAAUUGCAGAACCACAACCUCUGGACUGAGUUGCUCCAUGGCACUCACUGUCUUGCUUGAGUGGGGUGGGGAAAAAGACUAGAGUUCUGCCUUGCUUAAUAACUAAUGGUUUUUACCAUUGUUCAACAUAUUUUAGAACAAAAAAAGUAUGCAAAAAAAACCCCAAACAAAACUACUGUUUAUGUUCUCUGACAAGAAACCCAGUAUUCCAGCUAAUGUCUUUGUUUUUUUUUAUAUUUUGAAUGCAGCAGUAUGAUUCACAGCCUGCAUUAUUAGUUACAGACUGUAUUUUCAUUUUCAGGAAUAAUUUCCUACAUUUAAAUUCUGUGAAAAUUGCUUAAUUUGGUUUAGCAACAAUCCAUUCAGUUUAAGUUAAAUACUUCCUCUGAGUUCUCAUUGAGCUUCUGUGGUAAGGAUGGAAAGUAUCUGGUUGGUGGUGACUGAGUUGGGUUGGACAAAAUAUAGGAAUGCAGAUGGAUUUAUUUUUCAAAUUCCAUUAUUUUUGCUGCCUAUACAAGAUGCAGCACAAAGGAGGGGAUGUAUUUUAAUUUAGGGGAAAGGAAUGGUUUCUGAUUUAUAUUUUGGAAAUUUCCAGAGCAGCCAAAAACUUUUUUUUAAAGGUAGUUGGGUGGCAACGUUCUAUAGCAACAACAUACAUGCAUUCUAGCAGGUUGAUCAAUCUCUAGCUACUCUUUACAGAUCCAGGCUUUAUUUGCCUGUUAUUGGCACUUUAUUCAUUUUUUAAAAAUAAACUGCACCAUUGAAAGAUCUCCUGUGCAGAGAGCUGUUUAUAUUGUACAGUUUGUUCUUCACCAUUAAUAUGUUUGCUUCCAUUUUUAAAAAAUUUUAUUUUUAUUUUCAUGUGGCCAUUGUUUAUAAACUUGGUUUGGCCAACGUUUUCAGAAUGUGCACAGCGUAUGAUCAGAAAAGAGGUUCAAGAAAUACUUCUGAUCGAAGGGAGAAAAUAAGACUUGUAAGAGUCUCGAUCUUAUAGUAACACUAAAAAGGCAGAACUUUUUUCCCUACGUGCUAUUCAGCAGCAUAUCUGUUGUCUAUUAUUUUCUUUAUCCCCACCAACUAAGCUUUUGUGUUUUAACCAGUAACAGGAGUGAGCAAGAAAGGACAAACUUUGUUUGUUCAGUGGUGUUCCCUGUAAGAUAUGCUUAUUUUCAGCAUUUGAUGAUGGUGAAUAUUGUUAAGAUUGGCAACAGAAUUAAAUUUUAUAUUGUUUUUAACAUCUCACUGUAUAAAUGGAUUUGAACUUCAAUUUUUAGACAGUUCAAUAGUGUUAAUCCUUGAUGUAAUUGGCCUGAAAAUAGUUCCUCAUAAAUGAUAUUGCAUCUCCCAUUAUCACCAGCAGUGUUAUAGAAUGUAAACAUUCUCAUCGAUGCAACCUAAAUUUGAACAGUGAUUAUGUUGAUAGAUUUUUUCCCAGUUUGGGUUAUUAUUAUAUACAAGUUUGAAGUGUCGAGGAUUAUCCUUUACUGAUAUCCAAAUUGGUGCAAAGAAAGAAAUUCCCAAAUUAGUGUGUCUAUGAAUAUUUUGCAUUAUUGAAAUCUAAAUUAUUUUAUUUGGUGCUCUUGAUUGCAUCUGCUAUUAAUGCCACCAAUUCAGGCGAAACCAAAUGUAAAAUGAAGUGUGCCUCUUAUGAACCAUUUGUAAUUUUUACAGGAAUUAAAAGUGAAGAUAGGAAACUAUGAAUUUAGAUCUGUUUAUAUCAAAACCACAUAGAUUUGAAUUGCUUGUCUAUAAUGUUGAAUGUGUGACCAUCUAGGAAUGUAAUGGGUGCUAACACCAGUACAAGCUUUUCUUUUUUGCACACCUCUCUUUAAAAUGUUGAUUCUGCAAUGAUGUGCUUUCUGAUUACGAGCUAUUAUUUAAAUUGCAAGUGAUUUGCUAUUGUAAAGUUUUAAAAACUUUACCAAAGGAUAAGGAGGAAUUGCUGGCAACCUUUUUUCCUCCCUUUUUAGAUGUGUAUGUGUGCACAUUUUGCAAAUUCUUUACACUAUGCUUAGGCACAAUUUGUAUCUAGAGACUACUAGAAACCAAGUAUUAUUAGGUUACUUCAAAAAAAAAAAAAUGAUAAAGGCCUGAAAUAUCUAAAAAUAGUAAAGGCAGCCCCUUUUCUUACAUUAGUCGCAUUGCAUAAUGGUAUUUAUUAAAACUAAUGUGCAAGAGAUCGUGCAGUGAUAUUACACGGGAUAGAAUGAAAUAAUGAUAAUGAGCUCCACCAAGAUGACUGAGUGCCUGUCUCACACAUGGAUUUUAAUUAUUUGAAUUUGGAGGUGUGGGGGGGGGGGGGGGGGAGAUGGGGAUUGCAAAAUCUUAAUGUAGAUGUAUUCAGAAUACCAAUUUUCAUUCUAUAAGUCUGUAUUUAAUUUUAGGAAUACAUUUCAGUUUGAAGAUGUCCAACACCCAACUUUAAAAGAUGGAAUUAAAAACACGGUCCAGAUCCAAGUCCGAGCGCAAGUCAAUUUUUGUGCUCGUUCAGUUUAGGUUCUUAUUAUUGUCUGCUAACAAGUGAACGGAUGGAAAACAAACAUCCUUUCCACAAGAGAUUAACACCCUGGAAGGGGCUACAUCUUCUAAAUCUAAACAAGGAACAAAUUUGGCAUUUAAUGGACUAACAAUAGACUAAUCAAGGCCAUACAAAUUGACUGAGCUCAAUUGAGAUAUGAGUGGGGGGGAAACCUGGAAAAAAUCCAUAGUGCAAAUCAUACCUGUCCAUGUUAAUUAAAUGUUAUCCAAAUUAAAGAAUUUACCCUUGUGACUUCAAUACCAGAUCUUUAACAUGGUUUUAUUAUUGCAAGUCAGGCAUUCUGAUGUGCGCUACUUUGAGUCACUGUUUGGUGAUCGGGUGGCAAUUCUAACAAAAUGUCAUUGGAUGUUUUGGUUGGAGCAAAUAAUGUAUGCAUUUUCUUUUAAGCAACUAGUAUAAAUAAAGUGUUUGCAAAGUAUAAUAUUUCUUUCAUUUUUACAGCCUCUUAAGAGUAUCUAAUUUCAGAUAUCUAUGAAAAACUGUACAUCUCCAAAUAAUGUAGAUUGAUUCAAUUAUGUUCUGUAGGUGUGGACUGCAAUAAAUACUUUGCAGCUGCA